AUGCCGGCUGUCCGCUCCUUUUACACACUCUCCAUCUUGGCAGCUUGCCUGGCGCAAGUUUGGGCCGGUGACUAUAACGGCGGUGGCGGCGACGGUUACUCGGGAGGACAAGGCCAAGGUCAGGGCAAAGGCGGCGGCGGUGGUGGAUGGAGUGGAGGGAGUGGAGGGAACGGCUGGAGCGGUGGCAGCGGUGGCGGCAACAACCAGUAUCAAGCGUCAACAGUCUACCAGACCUCUGUUGUGACGGUUGCGGCACCGACCACUAUUUUCCAGGCCCAGGAUUGCGCGCCUCCAGCGACAUCAACCACGACUGAGACGACCACCAUCACCGCCGUGUCGCCGUGCACCGCGUCCGUUGUAACCGCAUACGUGACGCAAUGGCAGAACGCUCCCCCGGGCUGCUGGUGCGGCCCUCCUCCCGCCUUCGUGUCUGCUCUGGCCACGGCGGGCGGAGCGGCGGCUCUGUUGGGCAACGCCCCGGUCUUCACGUCCACCAACCCGGCAUUUACACCAGGACUGUCUUCGAUCCCUGCCUCGCAGGCUGUCCAGACCGGCGUCACCGUCGCCGCCGCUGCCGCGGCACCCGCCCCGACCGCCAGUGCCGGAUCUCCCGCAGCGGCGGUAUCUCCAGGAGGCUUCUUCACAGAAUCAUCGUCGGGUGAGUAG